CACUUUAAACAAGUUUGUAUGCAUACAUAAACGAUUUGGAUUGUUAUGGACUUGAGUCAUAUCUGUAAAACAGACUGGAUGUGACCCUGUGACCCCUGGUUGCCAGGGAGAGAGCGGUGGGGCCAUGGCUGCUGGGGCUUCGGUCGGGGAGAGCCAACUCCAGAGGAUUAUCCGAGAUCUGCAUGAGGCUGUUGCAGAGCUUGCAAAGGAGUACAGAGAAAGUGGAGAGCCAAUCACAGAUGACAGUACCAACCUGCACAAAUUCUCCUACAAACUGGAGUACCUGCUACAGUUUGAUCAGAAGGAGAAGACGACAUUUCUCGGUACAAAGAAGGACUAUUGGGAAUACUUCACUGAAUGUCUGGCUAAAAUCAAGGGUGCCAAUGAUGGUAUCCGCUUUGUCAAAUCCAUCACUGAGCUCAAGACAUCUCUGGGGAAAGGACGAGCAUUUAUCCGAUACUCCCUCGUACAUCAGCGACUGGCUGACACCCUGCAGCAGUGUCUGAUGAACCAGAGAGUCACCAGUGACUGGUACUAUGCAAGAAGCCCCUUCUUGAAGCCCCACCUUAGUGUUGACAUAAUCAGUCACCUGUACGAACUCAAUGAGGUCCAGUUUGAUGUGGCUUCCAGAGGUCAUGAUCUUGAUGCAUCUUGGCCCACUUUUGCAAGGAGGACACUGGGAAACUCACCUGGCCACAUGUGGAAACCACCCAGUCGCAGUUCCAGUAUUAACAGUCUGGCCAGCACCUACUCCCAGCAAGCACAUGAGUUCCCCGCCAGCCCUGACUAUGGUCAGGGUCUGCUGAAUGACCUGAACGAGUCUCUGCCUCCCUGCACCGAAGAUGUCAGCACAGUUGAAGACCUUCGCCUGGAGCUGGACCAGUCAGAGCUGAAGCAGCGAGAGCUCCUAGAUAAGGUGCAGCAGAUGGGCGAUGAGGCUGCUGAGCUCAGGGGUGUAGUGGUGCAGCUACAGAGGCAGCUUGAUAUGUCCCUUGCAGCCCAAGAGAAGCAACAAGGCUUACAGGGAGAUCUCAAGACUCUGCAGGAAAGAGAAGGCGCCCUGUCCAGAGAGGUGGAGGCACUCAGGACUGGGGAAAAAGCCAGGGAGGCUGAACAACAGCUGCUUCAGGAAAAGCUGGCAACCGCUGAGGGGAAGAACAUAGAGCUCCUGGCCAAGUUGGACGGGGUUCUAAAUGAAAAGGGCCAGCAGGCAGCCAGUUACUUUGAUUCAGCUCAAAAGAUACACGAGCUGCUGGACAGAUUGAAAGAGGCAGAGAGGGGAAAGAUGGAAGCGGUAGCUGAGGCAGAGGAGAAGAAGAGAGAGGCAGAGAGGCUAGAGGACGAGCUGAGAGUCAAGGAGGCAGCUGCAAAGCAAGGUGAAACAAAACUUGAAGCAUUAGUUACAUCUGCGUCUGAGGAGAAGGCCAAGUUGGAGACAAAAGUGGAGGAACAGUGCAGUGCCCUUGAUAAGCUGCAGGGGGCCUUGACAGUGAGAGAGAAGGAGGCGAGCAACCUACAGAGGCAACUGCAAGACCUCCAAAGAUCUCUAGAGGACAAGGAGAAAGAGGUGGAAGAGAUAAAGAGGAGGGCUCAACAAGAUAAAGAUGAAAUGCAGAAGAAUGUUGGUAGUUUAAAAGAGUCUUUAGAAGCAGAAGUCACUGCCAUUAAGGAGCAGCUCGAGAGGAAAGAGGCAGAGCUUGCCUCCAGCUGCGAGACACUACAACAGCUAGAAGCCAAGAACCAAAGCCUAAACACAGAGAGGGACAAACUGACCACUAACCUUGUGGAGCUGGAGGGUAACGUCAAAGAACAAGCCACAAAGAUAGAAGACUACAAGACGCAGUGCGCCAAUCUAAUGGAGCUGAAUAAGAAGCUGCUGACCACGGUGAAGAGAAACGAGGAGGUGAAGAAGGAGAUGGCAGAAAACAGAACAGCGCUUGAAGCUGAAUUAGCAGCUCUAAGAGCUUCUGAGAAACAGCUUCGCGGCCAGCUGGAUGAUACCAAGAUGACGGUGGAUGAAAAAGAGAAGAACUUGCGUGAGGAGAAUCGCAAGCUGGAUGAGAGUCUGCAGCGGGCCACGAUGGCAGCAACAGUCUCAGAGGCAACUUCAAAGCGUUUGGAGCAGGAGAACCAAAGUCUUAGAGAGGAGCAGGACACUGUGAAAGCAGCUCUUAGCCGCAUGCAAGCUGACCUGAAGAGUGUUCACGGCCAGAUCGGAGAGUUGGAGAAGAACUUAGGAGCCUCUCGCAAGAAUGAAGCAAGCCUUCAAGAGCAGCUCCAAGCCAAAGAGGCCCAGCUAGAGAGUAAAGAGAAGAACCUUGUUGAGCUGGAGUCCAGGUUAAAAGAUCUGGAGGCCAGGGAGAAGGAGCUUGAGAUUGCCAAAGCUGAUGCAGAGUCAACUUGUGCUAAACAGACAGAAGUGAUUGAGAGGGUUACCUCUGAGAAACAGGUGAUGGAGAAAUCUCAGCUGGAGAGGAGCGCGGCUCAAGCAAAGGAGAACCAGGAAGUGACAGGCAAACUUGAAGGCCAGUUAGAGGUGUGCAUGAAAGAAGUGUCCAGGCUCCAAGCAGAGAUCCUCGACCUCAGGGUGCGGGUACAGAGGUCUGAGGAGGAAAAGUUAAGAGCACAAGCACAGCUGGAGGUGAUGGAGACCCAAAGAGAUGAGCUCAGGACUCUGACUGAGCAGCUGAAAGCCCAGACAGAGGCACUGAAUCAGAGGCAUGUAACAGAGCUUAUGGAGUGCAAGAAGAAAGAAGAGGCUCUGACUGAACAGCGUGAUAGAGAGGUAGCCGCCCAUGCCGAGUUGUCCAUCUCUGCUGCGGCCAUCCGAGAAGAGCUGUCCACCCUCAAGGCAGAACAUAGCAGGCUAGUCUCAGAGAACAAUGAGACACGCGAGGGUCUACACAGGGCAAACACAGAGAUGGCAGAGCUUGGGAUGACCAUCUGUAAGUUAGGUGCAGAGAAGCAGGAGGCCAGAGAGCACUGGGAAAAGGAUGCUACCAGGAUUGAAGAGAUGGAGAAAGAGGUGGAGCGGCUAGGAGAAAGCAUGGCAGAGCUACAGCUGGAGAAUACCAAACUAAGGGAGGAGCUGCUACAGAAGGAGAAACUUCCAGAGACUGUCUUGGAGCUCCAGGAACAGCUGGACAAGACCAGGAACCAAAUGCAGAGUGUCAGGGUCUCUAGCCGAGAGGAGGCAGAGGCCGUCAAGUUCCAAAUGAGCUCGGAGAGCAUGACUCACCAGGUCCAGAUGAAGAGCGUCAAUGACCAGCUGAACAAGGUGAAGGCCCAGCUGCAGGAGGAGCUGAAGAAUGUGUCCAGCUUGCAGGCUAAAGUCUCUGAACUAGAGGCUGUGAAUGAGCACUACUUGCAGCUAACCGGGGAGAAGAAUGCUUACAUCACAGACACCGAAAAAAACAUUCGUGAGAGUGAGAGCGAGAUUCAGCAACUGAGAGAUGCAGUAGCGAGUGCUGAAGAAGCACACUCGUCUGUGCAAAAGCUCUGUGAAGAACUGAAGCAGAAACUCGACACAAUGCAAGCUGAAAAAGAAAGCCAGUACCUGAAGAUGACUGCAGAGAUCGAUGACCUCAACAGAACCAAGACCAACCUUGAAGAGCGGCUCAUCGAGCUUAUAAGGGACAAAGAUGCUCUGUGGCAGAAAUCAGACGCUCUAGAGUUUGAGCAGAAGCUGCGAGCAGAGGAACAAUGGUGGUUGGUGGAUAAGGAGGCCACGCACUGCCUUGGCUGCCAGGGCCAGUUCACCUGGUGGCUGCGCAGACAUCACUGCAGGCUCUGUGGUCGCAUCUUCUGCUAUUACUGCAGCAACAACUUUGCGAUGACUAAGCACAGUGGGAAGAAGGAGCGCUGCUGCAGGGACUGUUACACCCAACACAGCGCAGUGGUGGAGAGGUUCACAGAGGCAGAGCUGAGUCCCUCAGACAUUCAGCCUCCUCCACCAGGAGUUGGACCUCAGCCACCUCCUGAACCAGCCCCGUAUAAACCCACUCCCAGGGUAACAGUUUCAGAACCCAGCAACAGAUCUGAAGACGGAGCUUUUGACAUAAUCACAGAAGAGGAAGUGAAUGGAGUCUACGACAGCGACACCACCUCGCAGACCACAGGAGGCUCCCUGGAGGGAGAGCAAGAGCGACGGCCUCCAGGAUCACUGGAUAUAGGCACGGGAGAUGUGACCCCUGAUGACCCUGAGGAGCAUGUUCCCACUGUUCAGGAUUCAGAAAUCAACCUUCUGAAAUCAGGAGAAGUCACGAUGGCUGUCCCUCUCAGCAUUGAUGAUAUUUCUCACUUUGGCGACGGUUCCAGAGAGCUCUUCAUCAAGUCCAGCUGUUACAGUGUGAUAACCGUGGCUGUGGGUGACUGCGGGCUAACCAUCAGCUGGGUGUUUUCCUCAGAGCCCAAGAGCAUCUCCUUUAGUGUGGUUUACAGGGAAUCCACUGACACGACUGUGGAACAGUCAAAGGUACUGAUUCCUCUGACUCGCUGCAAUUCCCACAAAGAGACAAUUCAGGGACAGCUGAAAGUCCGAAACCCCGGCCUCUACACACUCGUCUUUGACAACUCCUUCUCACGGUUUAUCUCCAAGAAAGUCUUCUACCAUCUGACCAUGGAGAGGCCCAUAAUCUACGAUGGAAGCGAUUUUCCCUGAAGCCGGAUGACUCCCACAGAGGCAUCAGCAUGAUGUCACAAAGACAUCAGCAUGAUGUCCUUGUGGCAGCUGAAGGGAGACUGAAGAUAUGGCAAAUUCACUGACUUUUUUUUUUUUUUUUUUGAUCUUUUCUUCCCAGAAACCUGUUUUUACCCAAGUAUUUUUUGUUUCUAUUUGUUUUUUGGUGUUAUUUAAUGUCUCGAGGUGUGCUCAUGGUUUCACUGUGGCCUAAAUGAAGUGUUGUCAACAGGAUGAAAAAGGUUUUUAGAAAGAAACACAUUUAUUUAAGUUUUAUUGUGUUUUUUAAAUAUACACCAAGUAAUACACGUACUUUACUUCAGUUAGGUUUAAUUUAGAAAGCUCAGUUUAGAUAUUGUGUGAUUUUGUUAUUCCUUUUUAAAAGAUUUUCAGUCUUAGUUUAGCUUUGACCUCCCUUUUCCAAAGUAUGCUAUUACGUUAGGGACAAGUAUUUAUUUGCAAAAUUUGUCUUUUAAGAGUUUUAUGAUUUACUAAAUCUCGGUCAGUCGUGCAAUCUUUUAAAUCAGAGCUUUCAAACCUUUGAAGCAGAAAAGUGCAGAUUUGAAUUCGCUCCCAGCUUGUUAAUGAACUGACUUGUCUGUGCACUAUGUUUGCACUUUGCCAGCACAGGAAGGAAAACAGGCAGGAACUUGUAACUGGUUUCUGUUUGAUGACAAAGCAAAUGAACUUUGUGCAAAUCUCAGGAGUGGGACUUAAAAUUGUCCUCCAGUGGUAGCAUGUCCUAAUUUUUAUGUUUUUGGAAAACUAAAAAAAUAAGAGCAAAGUAAAACUGCCGUCUUACUUUCUGUGGAAGGAAACUACGAUACAAACCAGCUUUCUUUGUUCAGGUCAUAGAAUCUAAUGAAGCAGAGGGCCUGUACGUACACAGGCUGACUUGUGUCAUCACAUUGACAUUUACUCAAAGUAUAUUAACGACUGAGCUACUGUGCUUCAAGUGCCUAUAAACUGAUUGCCAGGGAUUAGUUUGCUUUUGUAUCCGUAUAUUUUACUCCUUGUUAUCCGCACAGAUCAUGACACUUGGUUUGAGUUGUUACUUUUCUGUAAAACUUAAUUCCAGUGGCAUUUAAAUCACAUUAUGCACAAUAUCACAUGUUUCAGUUAUAGCAGUUGAAAUGAUUUUUCAGUUUGGGUUUCAUUUGAAUCUCUGGAAACUUUUUGUUAUAUGUUUAGUUAACUUUUAGCACUGUGCUCUCAGUGAUCACAUGGGAGUUGAAUUUUGUGCUGUUUUUUCUAUAUAUAGCAAAGCAAUAAGGAAAAAAACGGGCUUGCUCACUUUGGACACAACCAGACACUACUUAAUGAAACAAGGGCUUAUUAUCUCUGUGCUGCUUUUAUAGAGAUCUGUGUGUGCGCCUCACAGUCAGAUCUCAUAUUUUUGAUGGGUGUAAAUUGGUGCAAUUUCUAUGCAAAGGCUCAUAUUUUCUCCACAGAGCUGCUUUGUGAUAAUUAUUUUAUAAAUUGUUACAAACAAUAAUAAAUCUGUUAAGUUUACAUUAUCUUUGUAUUCAUGCAGGGACAGAUUUUUCUACUUGCUUGUUUUUUUUUUGAAGGAUAAUUUUGGAGUAGAAUGUGCAUGAAUCAUCACUACAAGCACUCAGUGUAACUUGUAAUGGACCUGUCAAACAGCCAGUAAUCAUGAAUAAAACGUGAGAGUGAUGAUGCCUCCAACUUCCACUAA